AUGCCACUCAGCCUGACCGUCUUGCUGCUCAUCCUGCUAUCCUGCCUCCCAACGAUCUGUGCAGCAUCCAUUCAUCUACCACUGUCACGGCGGGGCGGUCGUUUCGCCAACCAUGAGCCUGCAAAGCUCGAUCUUCUCGCCAACACUCUCACACGAGUUGAGAAGAAGUACACUCAUACCCAUCGAAAACCCGAGCAUAACCAUCUUGUCCGGAAGUGGUCUUCCGGCCAUCAUGUUAUAGACGAUGACUAUCUGUUCACAGCUCCAGGACAUGACGGCGCUUGGUACGCCACACUUGCUAUCGGCGACCCUCCGCAGAACCUCGAAUUCGAUCUUGACAUGCUCGGUCCAGACCUCUACACUCUGAUGACCACAACAAGCGAAAACACUUUCAUACAUUCCCUCUGUAGCCAGUACUCUGAGCUUUUCGACCUUGAUGCACUUGCCAGCCCCGUCCGACUACAGCUGCCAGUCUGUAUCGCCCCUAAGACCUCCGCUCUCACGCUGCUUCCCUCUGGCAGCGUUCUUGGCCUUGGUCUUCCAGGAUCGCUCUCGCGUAUGCCCGGUGCCGAGUUUGUGAGCCAGCUUCGGAUGAGUGGGGUCAUUUCUGAGGCAAUCUGGUCUAUCACGAUCCUUGAUGCUGAAACAGGCAUUCUGAGCUUGGGCAGCACUCUCGCAGAAGUGGUGGAAGAAGCCAAGACACGUGCUGAGAUCGAGUUGCAGCACUAUGGGCACUCGCUAGCCACACCGGAAUGGGUCGAUGAGCAGCUCAACCUAAAACUCGAGGUGGCGAUGCCCGAGGGAUCGAAAUUUGAUCAGCACUUCAAAUGGUCCGACCUGUCUGGCGCAGCUGGGUGGUGGACCUCACUUAUGCCCGGCGUCUGGGUCAAUGGCGUCAAAGUGCUCCGAAAUCAGCCGGUACUCUUUGACGUUCAGUGCCCUUUCAUCCUGGCACCGCCAUCGGCUGUCAGUCGCUUUUAUGACUCCAUUGGGGGUAGCAUGCGUCUCCCAGCUCCUCAUGAUAACUUCUUCGCCUUCCCCUGUCUCAACCAUGUCAGCAUUGUUCUCGAGCUUGGUGGAUGGAACUUUCCGUCCAUAUCUGGCGAGACAUCGAGGGCAGAUACCCUCCAUGGUCCUGCCGGGGGGCGUUUCAGCCUGGGGAAGGCGGGUAACGGCACGGGCCACUGCAUUGGAGCUGUGGUCGAGACUAGAAUGGAGUCCAGACGCGAUUGGGAGGAGAGUGGUAUGCGCGGGACAUGGGUCUUAGGGGAGCCCUUCUUCAGGAGCAUGGGCGUUGUCUUCGAUGCCACGAACCAGCGAAUUGGCUUUCGGUCAUACUGA